AUGUGUACAAUUAUAGAGAAACUUGCGUUUCCAAUACGACCCAAGAAACCCAUAAGGACUUGUUUAUUUAAUCCUAGGUUACCUUUUUCGAAGCCGCUAUGCUACUCCUUUUCUAGAAUAUCAUUCAAUUUGUUCAGAGCUGUGCAUUUCGAGGCUCAUAAGUUAACUUCAGGUCCGAACACUUCGGACCGAAUAGUUUCACAAAAGGUUACAUCAGUGCCAGAACAGAAAUUGAAAGAUAUUGUCUCUGAAAAAGAGCGGAUAGUUGCCAAUAAGCUUAGAACGGAAAUUAUUGCGCUUACAAUUGGUAAUGGUAAUACUAGCCAUCUUACUUAUAUUCCAUCCGAUUUUCAUCGCAUAUUUAAGGUGUACUGGGUAAAAAAUAUGCCGAAAGGUUCCGCAAUGAUGAAGAAGCUCAAUAGCAGAUACUUUUUGGGGCAAAAUGCACAAAUUAGAAGUGAAGAAUUACAAAUUUUUGUUCAUGAACUAGUAAGGUUCAAGUAUAUCAAUAUCUCCCAGAAGAUAUCUUCGUUCUUGCUUAAAAGUAUUGUGAACAAUACUUCUUUUCGCAUAAAUAGUCUUGGGAUAUACAAUGAUUUGAUUGACUUUUUCAGUUCAUCUGGAAGAGACAAAGUAGUAAAUACUGUUUUUAACAAGAUGAAGGUUUUGAAUGUCAAGCCGAGUGCUAUGACAUACAACAUUUUGGGAAAAAACUAUUUGGCGACCACUGAUUUGAACGUUGAAAGACUGCAAAUAUGGAAAUCCAUUAUCUUUCAAAUGAAUGCAUUGUCAAUAAAACCCGAUUUGGUUAGCUGGUACAUAACAUUAGCCCUGUUAAAGCCGGGAUCAGUGAUUAAAUCCUCUUUUGAAAAUGUGAUGAUUAAAGCAAACUUGACAUAUUGUCCAAAAUUUAACGAUAUUAAGUUGGUAGAUAUGAUUGACACCAAUGCAACAACAGAACAAAUUAUUGAAUAUUACAACAGGCAACAGAGAACAUUUCUUGAUGUCAACUGCAUGAAUACCGUGAUUUUUCAACUAUUACGUAAAGAUAGCUUCCACAGAGCUUGGAAUUUUAUGUGUUCAGAAGCAUCACACAAAAGCAUAUCCAUUUAUCCAUCAUGUUCAACAGUUUCGGUAUUUGUUAAGUACUUCAGAGUUAGUGGUAACUUGGAGCAGAUAAUAAGGCUAUUGAACACUUUCCGAUGUAAAUAUGGACUUGUGAAUUAUAACUGUCACAGGACUGUUUUAGCAUAUCUUUUGAAGUUUCCUGAUGGGAGUCUCCCAUUUUGGUACCCCCUCAUUGUGAAAUACUUUCUUAGGUAUGACAUCACAUAUGGAUUGGGUCGUCAUAGAUAUCUGAAGUCAUUGGUAUCUAACUUUGAGCUGAAACUAGAACAGAAUUUCCCCUAUACUUCACAAAAAAAUAGUUCAAAUCUGCUUUGCAGCAUCAAACUUAAAGGAUCGACGAAAUUUGAGGAUAUGUUCUUUGCGAACAUGAGACGUCUUUUUGUCAAGGACAAGAGUCUAGAAGGUGGUGCUAAGAAAAACAGUUUAUUUAAGGGAAAUCAGAGAAAAUUUUCUGAUUCAAGUAAUAAUAUAUUUCAUGAAGGUGAAUUAGACUUCUCGCCGGACUAUAAUAUUGGGAAACACGAGGAUUGGAUAGAAAGUAUUAUAUCGAAGUCAAGGUCCCAAAUUACCAAAUGA